AUGAUAGUGAUGACUGACGUCGCUGCAGCCCCCAGAUUGGGGUCAACUGUCACCACUCCAGCUGUGUCUCCCAACUUCUCCUGGAUGCCAGAGAAUGGCAGCCCCACAGCUGUGGAGCAGCCAAUAUUCCUCAUGACCACCGCUGCUCAGGCCAUCUCAGGUUUCUUUGUAUGGACAGCUUUGCUCAUCACCUGCCAUCAGAUCUACAUGCACCUUCGCUGCUAUAGCUGCCCAAACGAGCAGCGCUACAUUGUUCGGAUCCUCUUCAUCGUGCCCAUUUACGCCUUUGACUCGUGGCUCAGUCUCCUGUUCUUCACCAAUGACCAGUACUAUGUUUACUUUGGCACAGUGCGGGACUGCUAUGAAGCCUUUGUAAUAUACAACUUUCUCAGCCUCUGCUAUGAGUACUUGGGAGGGGAGAGCUCCAUCAUGUCUGAGAUCAGAGGGAAACCAAUUGAGUCCAGCUGUGUAUAUGGGACUUGCUGCCUGUGGGGAAAGACCUAUUCGAUUGGAUUCCUGAGGUUCUGCAAACAGGCUACCCUGCAGUUCUGUGUGGUGAAGCCCCUCAUGGAGAUCAGCACAGUCAUCCUUCAGGCCUUCGGCAAGUACCAGGACGGUGACUUUGAUGUAACCAGUGGCUACCUCUAUGUGACGAUCAUCUACAACAUCUCCGUCAGCCUGGCACUGUACGCCCUCUUCCUUUUCUACUUUGCCACACGUGAGCUACUCAGUCCCUAUAGCCCAGUCCUCAAGUUCUUCAUGGUGAAGUCUGUCAUCUUCCUGUCCUUCUGGCAAGGGAUGCUGUUGGCCAUCUUGGAAAAGUGUGGUGCCAUCCCCAAAAUCCACUCUGCCAGUGUGUCUGUGGGUGAAGGCACAGUAGCUGCUGGGUAUCAGGACUUCAUCAUUUGCGUGGAGAUGUUCUUUGCAGCCAUCGCCCUGCGCCAUGCCUUCACCUACAAGGUGUAUGUGGACAAGAGACUUGAUGCCCAAGGUCGCUGCGCUCCCAUGAAGAGCAUCUCCAGCAGCCUCAAGGAGACCAUGAACCCCCACGACAUUGUCCAGGAUGCGAUCCACAACUUCUCCCCAGCCUACCAGCAGUACACCCAGCAGUCGACACUGGAGCACGGUCCCCCCUGGCGCAACGGCAGCCACAUCAUCUCGCGCUCCCACAGCUGCUCGGGCACCCGCGACAACGAGAAGACCCUCUUGCUGAGCUCCGACGAUGAAUUCUAGGAGGGGGACCUGCCAGCACAGGCUGUCAUUUUCCUUUCUUGGUUGGGGUUUUAUUUUUUAAUUUUUUUAAUUUAUUGAAGCAGAAACAUGCAAGUCAUAUCACUUCCUAGAGAGUGCAGAUUGCAGAAGUGGGCACUUCCCAUUAGCUCUUGUGGGUAUGGACACAAGGAGCAGUGUGGAGGUGGGGGAGUGGCCAGGACU